UUUGGCCACAAACAAAUCCUCACACCUCUGUGUCGGAAACCCUUUCCUUGAAACCCCGGUUUUUCAGUAGGAAAAGAGAAAUAGCGAAAAAUACCAGCCAUCUCUAAGAUAGGCCUGCAUCAUCAGCAGCAUGUCCCGGAUCAUCCUCCCCCAUCACGAAAUCGUGUCCAGGAUCCCAUACGUGGCAGACAAGGUGAUUGUCAAGAAUCUCCGAGUGACGGCAAACGCAGGCUACGAUUCGUGGGGCCGCGAGAAGAGCCAGCCGGCACUGAUAUCCAUCACCCUGACGCUCGACCAGCAAUUCGCAUCUGCCGCACAGACUGACACGGUGGACGGCAGCACGGUACACUAUGGCAAGCUCAGCAAGCGACUGAUGGCCACCGUCGGCGAGCUCUCCGGAGAAUGGAGGCGCACGUGGGACUUGGCCGAUUUCCUGUACGAGGCAGCCACCGAAGUGGCCGGGUCGAGUCAAAGGCUUGCGGCAUGCGAGAUUGAGAUAUGCUAUCCCAAGGCAAGCAUGCUGGGCGAGGGAGCUGGGGCUCGAUACUGCUUCCUGAACGACGGAGCGAUGUCUUGCACGGUGUUUCUCAGGAACGUACGCGUGCCGUGCAUAAUUGGCGUGAAUAGUCAUGAGAGGGUGCGCAAACAGUUGGUAGUGGCUAAUGUGUGGGUCGACAAUGUCUCGGGCACGUCCGGGGAAGUGUAUUCGGACGUGGAGAAGAUCUUGACAGAGACGAUGGAAAAGUCUUCGUUUGAGACAUUAGAGUCGCUGGCAACGACAUUUGCAGACGACUGCAAGACAGGACUUAGUCAUCAGCUCACGUCGUUGUCUACGAUUCGGCUUCAGGUGGAGAAGCCGGUGGCAGUCCCUUUUGCAGACGCGCCGGUGAUUGAGAUAAUCAGGAGGGUGUAGAGGGUGUUGAAGGAUGGAUAGGAAGUUGGAAGCGACGGAUAUUGGGGAUAUAUGAGCAGGUGGGGCAUGACAGGAACGUGUACGGACUGCUGGAUUCGGAGAAUUGAGCGGGUUGAAAGGAAGGCGUUACCCGGUUCAGGGGCAUAGAGUAUUUUCGUGGUAUAAAAUGAGCACAGGAGCACAGGAGCACAAGCGCACAAGCGCACAAGCAGCCCGGGAUGUGGGCAUUUGUUGAGGGAUUGUGGACGUGAUGAAAAGAUAUGAAUGGCAAAAUAGAGUGUGUCGUCUGUGGGCCAAGCAAGCAUGCAAUCCAGUUGUUCCCGAAACCUGCGAAUGCAAACCGAUCCGCAAUUCCGGUCUAGCCAGUGUCGGAAAGCAUGCCGGGCCGGGUCGGUCAGCCAGGUGAUUGAUUAGUGUGGUGCAGCGUGCGGUUGUGGAUUGUUGAAUGGGAG